AAAUAGAAAUUGGAACUGAUACGGUAUGCAACAAUAAAACCGUAACAUGUAACGUGUAGUGCGCUAGUUAAAACAGUUUUCAUGUUCAAAGCGCGGUUAUUUAUUAAUUCCUCAAGAAAUGUGCGAAACUAGCUUCAAAACUUCUCUGAUGCAAAAUCUUGCAACUCAAAAUGUGGAUAUCUAUCGUCAGUUACUUAUAUUUGCUCGUAGUGAGACCCAGUUCAUGGCAGCCGUUGACCGUUUGCAGUGCUCAGCUUUGGAAGCAACGGUAUACUUGUUAAUCAUGAAAUUGCAGGAAAAGCGGAACGACUUUCUGUUGCCCAGUUUGAGCUGGAUUAACGUGGAGAAGGUGCUGACUCUGAUCGAGAUUAACCAUCUCUAUUUGCAGAAAAAGGAAGAAUGCUUUUCCUUAUUGCUAAAUGCAUUGGCAUUAACUGUAAUGCUGGAUGAGAACGAAUCGGAUUGCAUUAUGAAAAUUUCAAAUUUUUUGCGAUUGUUCCAAGAAAAUUACUCAGAAUUGCCGAUUUUUUAUGAUGUGUUAAGGACAUUUUUAAUUGUCUCAAUGGAAAAAGAGGGAUAUGACCAAUGUUUCAAGAAUGUGAAUCCUCUAGGUUUUAUAAAAAAUCUUUAUUCCGAGUCUCAUCAGAUACAGAUGAAAUCUCUGAGCUGCCUGAAAUUAAUGAUUGAGUUCGAACCUGAAAUAAUAUAUAUGUGGCACAGCGUAAUCAUCAAAGGAGAGUCCUCAAUUUCGUUGGAACAUCGAAGCUUUAUGAUCUUUCAUCUGAUUGAUUUAGCCAGCCGAAGAAAAGAACAGAGCGGAUCUUUCAAUAGGAUUAUCGAGUCACAAGAUACAUGGAAACUUAUUAAAAUUAACUGCGAGUCAGAUUCCCAUCUGAUUCGCAAAGAAGCAUUAUCUGCUAUAAAAAUUAUACUGAGAUUUGUAACCGAGAAUAAGAUGUUUGUACAGAACGACUUGUUUCGCUGGAAUUGGAGAGAACUGAAGUCUCUGACCGAAGGAUGGCAAUGUUUCAUAACUCUUUUAGAAACGCUUAGUGAAACGCAGACACAUUUGAUUAUGCCAGCUCUCGAAAUGGUAAAUAAAUUGGACCCGUUGAUGGCAUCGUGGAAAGAUUUGGUUCUGAAGCUUUUAUUGAAACAUGAAAAUGGUUCUGUUUCUGGCUGGACAAUUAAAUAUUUACUAGAGAAUCACGAGUAUUGUGAAAGCAGGAACGAAUUAGAGAUAUUGCUUUUGAGCUUUUUGAACAAAACCACAAACUUCCAGCAGUUUGAGAAUACCAAGAAUAAGCUGCAAAAGUAUUACUCUACGAGUGAAGGAUUCAAUUUUCUUCUCACACAUUUUAAACACGUAUCGUGGGGUUCAGUUCCGUUCGCAUGUUUAUUAGAAGUGAUUAAUUCAUUGCUAGAGUCGUCAACGGAAAUCAAUCAAUUGCCAGCUAUUGUUGGACUGCUAGAUCCAAUACUUGCAAUAAGAAAUCUUAAUUUACGUCACUUAUGUGCUCUCCAGUUUGCCAACAUGUUGAUAAAUUUAGCUCUGAGGCAAGAUAUUAAACCGAAUGUUCCAUUAGAUCGCGUACUGACGCACCUUGAAGUACUAUCGAAACUGACGAAGGUGAGUUUUGUGGCCUUGGAACACUGGAAAGAGUUAAGACAAGCCGUUGAUGGAAUCACGUUCGAGAGGCUACUAUUGCGUGCAAAGCCUGAUGAUGAAAAUAUUAUUAGAAAUAUUCUAGUUCCUUACAUGCGAAAUGAGCGAGCUUCCACUGAUCGAAGACUACGACAGAUUUUGGACCGGGAUCUAUUGUUGGCUGCGAUAAUCUUGCAGUACUGGAAACAACCACUGACACAACCGGAAGUAAAAAUCAAGUUUCUGAAUCUUUUGAAAAAUUUCAACGAUAAUCCGGACGAUGCCCUUAAAGCUAUUGAUGUUCUCAAUGACAUUGCAACCAGCCAGCCGCCGUGGCUUGACGAGAUCCUCCACAAGCUGACUCUCAUUCACCAUAAACGUUUGAAUCGUCUUAGCUACCAAAUUGCGUCGAUAUCUGUUACUAUUCAAACAGUUCGUUUACUAUGUCGUCUCAAUAGGAUCGAUAUGGUCGAUCUGUUUCUGGGGGCUUUUUCGAUAGAUGAGCUUAUAAAUACUAUUCAAACUGGAAAUUGUGAUAAGAACCUGUAUGGUUCAAUGUUUGCUGCACUAAGCGACGUGUAUCUUGGGAGACUGAAAGCAGAACCAAAUGUCGGUACAAUCAUGCAGCGGAUCAUUUCGGAUUGUGCGAAACUGGUUGAUCUGGGAGAAGUACAGGUGCUCAUAAACACAUUGGAAGUUUUAACAUUUGCUCUAGUAACGAAUCUAUUAUGCUUGACUGAUGAAAGUAAGUUUGAAUGGAUAGCGGAUGUGGUAAAUCGAUGUUACAAAGAAAUUUUGAUCUAUCGUAAAAGUGAUCAUUUCAUGAAGCUUAAUCGGUUGUUUGUUGCUAUGCUAUUGGCACCGGCAAGUGCUGUAGAUAUGCCUGAAGAUGGUGUUAAUCAAUGGAUGAAGGAAAUCGUUACCGAGUAUUUCCAGAUGUUUUUAGCCCAAGCAGCGGUGAUUUCUGGCUUGGCAAACAUUCUUUUCGAAAAAUUGCUACUGAUAAACAUCGGGGCUCUACUAGAUUGGAGUGCGUUUGGUAAAAUAUUAAUGGCUGGAUUAUUAUUCGGAGAUGGACAAAAGCGCGAGCAAAGGAUAGAAGACGAAACAUGCGUUGCAAGCCGGUUUUACAAUACAUCGCUUUUCAAGGCACCGUGCCCAUUCCAGUCGGAUGCGAGAGUUCGUGUGAUUUGUGUUCUAUUUUUAUACCGAAUGGCGGCCACCAACCAUCCGGACGCAAUGCUAUUUCUGCUAAAGCUGGAAAGAAUGCUCAUCGAAAGAUUUCAACAGAUCAGCAAAACAAAAGAACGUUAUUAUGCGGAUUCUCAGACGCAUCGGCACAAACUACGCAUAAUUCAAACUCUUUGUGUAGUUUUCAAGCUAACCGGAACCAAACCUUACCCAUUGCUGGAGAUAGUUUUAUAUGAGACAAACCAACCUAACAUCAACUAUCUUAUCGAGCUGAUUGUCGCUGAUUCAUCAAUCGAUACGCUAACUAUAAUAAAUUCGCUGAAAACCAAUAAGGUAAAGGUUUCUGGCGUCCAGUCUGUUUUCGUCAUCCUUUGGUUGCGAUGUUGUAAGACAGACUUUCUCGAUGUGGAAUACAUAAAUUUUCUGCUUCCGUGGACAAUGUCGCAGAACUUUUCCACCCGAUUGUACGCCCAAAUAACGAUAUCAAAAUUGAUUGAAAAGUUUUAUGAAAAACCUAACGUUUGUCCUUUCGCCAACCUUCAUUCCGCAAUAAAUAGCUAUUUGAAGCAGGGUAAUGUUGAGAAAAAUAUGGAGAAAUGUAUGAAAGACCUUAGGUUCAACAGCGUACUGGAUUACGGUAAUUUGCUUACUCUGCAAAAUGUGUUCAACAAUAUUCCAAGGGUUUCGCGAAUGGCUCCGGAGGACGUGAUUUCAAGCAGUAUUCUGAAAGAAUGUUUCGAGUGUUUGCAGCUUGCUGAAGUCAAUCUUGGCGAAGCGAUCGUAUUCAAUGACAUACUGAACGAAACAAAGGAAAAUCUGUUCUUGAGUCAAGGAUUUGGCGGUUCUGAUCAUAUUCAGAAGAAAAUUGUACCAUUGAAGAGCAUCGAACCUGCGCUGGAGUUAUUGACAAACUUACCGGAACGAUUAUGUUUGCGAAAAAAGUCCAAUUCUGAUGGCCUCAUAAUCGUAGCCAGUUUAGUGAGCAGAGCACCCAACUUGGGAGGCUUAGCGAGAAGCAGUGAAAUUUUCGCCGUUAAACAAUUCAUCGUAAACAGUCUAAAGGAUGUAGAAAAUAAAGAAUUCCAAGCGUUGAGUAUGACUGCUGAGAAAUGGCUGAAUCUGGGGGAACUUAAAGCAUUCCAAAUAGUAGAUUAUCUUACAGAGAUGAAAUCUAAAGGCUAUUCGAUAGUUGGAGCGGAGCAAACGACCGGCAGUCAACCGAUCCAGAGGAUUCAGUUUCCGAAAAAAUCCAUUCUUGUGCUGGGGCAUGAAAAGGAAGGAUUACCGGCGCAAAUUAUAUCCCAUUUGGAUAUAGUGGUGGAGAUACCCCAGUUUGGUGUCGUACGGUCGUUGAACGUUCACGUUACUGGUGCUAUUUUCAUGUGGGAGUACGCUAAACAGCAUCAUGUGGUGAAGAGUGAAUAGAAUGGUUUUUAAAGCAGUUGGCCUUUUAAUGUUUAGUGCUAUUGAAUUGUAAAAGUAAAAAUUUUUAAAAAAAUAUUCAUCUUUGUUGUUAAAGACCAAGAAAACA